GCAGCACCCCACAGUCCGCCAGUCCCGGCCAGGAGAACUUCUCAGAGACUUGGGCCAGGUUAGGGAGAGGUGGCCCACCCAGCUCCACGCGCGACCGCGCCCCCCUCCCCAGAUGCCACCUCCCGCGGGGACCCACGAGGCUCGGGUUGAACACCCAACUGGGAAGCUCUGGGCCAGGCCUCGACCAGUCCUGCUCCUGAUCUGGAUAUACCUAUGCUGUGGUCUGGAAGGGAGGACUCAGGGAAGGUCUGGGUCCAGUGAGUGGACAUCCUGGGGGGCCUGGAGCAGCUGCUCCAGCACUUGCGGGCAGGGGGCCUCGGUGCGCAACCGGAGAUGCAUGCGGAUUUCCCGGGAACAUGCCUGCGGGGGAGACUCUCAUCAGUACCGCCUUUGCAGGCUCCCUGAAUGCCCCUCUGGUGCCAUGCCCUUCAGGGAGUUGCAGUGUGCCCUCUACAACAGCAGGCCUGUUCUGGGUGACCAGGCCAUCUACCAGUGGGUUCCUUUCUAUGGAGCUCCCAACUUGUGUGACCUGAACUGCUUGGCGGAGGGCCAUACUUUCUACUACACCUUUGGACGAGUGCUGGAUGGGACCCCCUGCAGCCCAGACUCUGAGGGGCUUUGUAUCAAUGGCCGAUGCCUUACCGCAGGCUGUGAUGGGGUCCUGGGCUCCGGGACCCAUGAGGACCACUGUGGGCAAUGUGGCGGCAGGAACAACUCUUGUCUCUUCGUUCAGCGAGUCUUCAGUGAGGCCACCCUACCCUCUGGUCAAUCAUAUGGCUACUGGAAUGUGACCCUUAUUCCCAUUGGUGCCCGGCACAUCAGAGUCACUGACCGGAGCCGCAAUUAUCUGGCACUAAUGGGCAACGAUGGGCGCUAUGUCUUCAAUGGGGACUGGGCCAUUGACUGGCCAGGGACCUUCCAGGUGGCUGGGACCCAGGUUCACUAUAGCAGAACCAAUGACCGCGAUGAGAGUCUGUGGGCAGCUGGGCCCACAGGUGAAGACCUCCACUUGCAGGUUCUCUACCAAGAGCCCAAUCCAGGCAUUGAGUUUGAGUUCUGGCUGCCAAGGGAUGCCUAUUAUACCCUUCAGAGCCACAGGAGUCCUCUAAGGCAGCCACAGACUCGGGAGGUUGAGGUGGGGCCCCAGGAGGCUGCCCCAGCCUGGACUGGGCCAGGCCCCUCCUCUCCAAGAUUCUCCCCACAUCAGGAGCAGCCCAUUGAAACAGAGACCUGCCAGCCAUGUCCAGGUGCCAAGGGACGGACCCAGCGUCUGCUUCAUUACUGCCGGAGCGACUUUGUAUUCCGGGCCCGGGUCCUGGCACGGCUCCGAGUGGGUGAAGAGACCCGCUAUGACAUUCAGGUGCAACACACUUACAAGAAUUGGACCCCACUAGAGCGAAGGGAGUUUCUCUGGGCCCCCGGGGCCUGUCCCUGCCCCUUGUUGGUCCCUCGAGCAGAGUACCUGGUGGCUGCCCAGCGACACAUCAACUACGAGGGGACCCUGGACCGGCUGCUGCUGCCCCAUGCUGGCUAUGCCCGGCCCUGGACUCCCAAAGAAGAUGCCCGCAUCCAAGAGGUGGCCAAGCAUUGUCCCCAGACCCCACCACCAGGCUGAGGCUACCUGCCUGACCUCUGGAGAGGGCCACACCCAGCCCACUGGACUAGAGUCCCAGAUCCAUUCCACAGUAAUGCUGGCCAGGAUGGGAGCGCUCCAGGGGAAUCCUUCUGGGCCAUGGGCAGAGAGGAGCCAUAUUGGCUUCCCCAUUCUGCCCUUGUGCCCAACCUUUGGAAGGAGGCAGGAACUAUGGGGACCAGGACUGGCCUUUGCUUGUCCCAUGGUCUCCCUCUGGACCCUGAGUUUUUCUCCUCCAGCCUUCUAGCUUGCAGGGUUCCAGAUGGACACACACACACACACACACACACACACACACACACACACACUCCCUCUCCCUCCCCCAGGCACAUAUUCACAUGGCACAAUACAUUGAAACAAUUUGGAUGUGGCACGAUGCAGGUCAAAGCACAGGCACAAGGCAUCCAAAUGCAAGCAACGCUCCGUUUUCAAUCAUUCAUUGAACAGACACUUUUUAAGUACCUACUAUAUAUGAGGAAGGGUCUCUGAUAGGGUCGGGGAUGAAUACACAGACCCCCUGCUCCAUAGGAGCCUACAAUCCAAUAGGGAUAAAGAUAUUUACACCAUUUUGACAAGGGAGAAUGAGAUCAUGGCAAAGGAGAGAGUGAACCAGGCAAAGUGCCAGGAAAAAUCAGAGGUCAUCUUGACCUGGGGCAUUAGGGAAGGACUCUGGGAGUAGAUACCACCUGGGCUGGGCCUUCAAGAUUUUAACAGACAGAAACCCAGUGGAGCAAAGGAAGCCCCUCUAGGAAUGGCAGACAGUGUGAACUGAGGCGGAGCUGGGAGAGGGCAGGGUGACAAGGCUCAGAGACUCCAACAAGAAUGGGGAGUCAUCCAGAUUGGAUAGAACAGUCUAUAACAACUGGCAAAGGUUGGAGCCAGGUUUUUUUUUGGUG